CAGGCUGAAGAGGAUGCUGCUUCAAACUAAUUUAAAAUCAGCCAUAGCACCUUAAGAUUAAACAAAAAAAAGGCAAAAAGCAUUUUUGACUUUGUAAAAACAAAGGCAGAGAAUCAAAUCAGAUAUAGUGCGUCAUUAACGUUCUUCUCCAAAUUCCACUUUCACGUUAUCUCAUCUUAUUAUAUUAUUCAUCCCAUCAUCACCUGUCUUUUCUUUUCUUUAUGCAUAUCAUACCAUACCACCAUUUCUCUCUAUUUAAAACACUCCAACAAAUUCAUUUUUUUACUUCUCAACUCAAAUUUUGAUGGCUACACUUUUACUCGUUCGCUGGUGGUGUUGCCUCUUCAAUCUGUUCCUACUUUGUGUUAUUCAUGGCCAAUUUGGAUUUUGCUCUUCUUCUUCUUCUAAGGCUUAUGUAGUUUACAUGGGAAGUAAAAGUAACGAACAACACCCACAUGAUAUUCUCGCCGCAGUUCAUGGUGGAAGCAUUGAGCAAGCUCGAGCAUCUCACCUUUACACCUACAGCCACGGAUUCAAGGGGUUCGCCGCCAAGUUGACCCACCACCAAGCUUCGCUGAUUGCUAAGAUGCCUGGAGUUGUCUCCGUGUUCCCCAAUUUGAAAAGGAAGCUACACACCACUCACUCUUGGGAUUUCAUGGGUCUUAUUGGUGAAGAAACUAUGGAGAUUCCUGGCCAUUCCACUAAAAACCAAGUUAACGUUAUAAUCGGUUUCAUCGAUACCGGAAUUUGGCCUGAAUCUCCAAGUUUUAGUGAUGAUGGGAUGCCCCCUGUACCCCCCAGAUGGAAGGGACUAUGCCAAUCAGGAGAGGCUUUCAAUGCUUCGUCUUGUAACCGGAAAGUGAUCGGAGCAAGAUUCUAUAGGAGUGGUUAUGAAGCUGAAGAAGAUUCAUCGAGUUUAAAGUCGUUUAUAUCUCCAAGGGACAGCUCUGGUCACGGUACCCACACUGCAUCAAUUGCUGCUGGUCGUUAUGUUACAAAUAUGAGUUACAAAGGCCUGGCUGCUGGUGGAGCUAGAGGUGGAGCACCAAUGGCUAGAAUUGCAGUGUAUAAGACUUGCUGGGACUUGGGAUGCUAUGAUGUUGAUUUACUUGCUGCUUUUGAUGAUGCAAUCAGAGAUGGGGUUCAUAUAUUGUCUUUAUCUCUGGGUCCAGACGCCCCCCAGGGAGAUUAUUUUAAUGAUGCAAUCUCUAUUGGCUCUUUCCAUGCUGCUACUCAUGGAGUCUUAGUUGUUGCUUCAGCUGGAAAUCAAGCCAACGAGGCUUCUGCAACAAAUCUUGCUCCAUGGAUGGUCACUGUUGCUGCCGGUUCAACAGAUAGGGAUUUUGUAUCUGAUAUUAGACUAGGAAAUGGUGCUAAUUUUUCGGGUGAAAGUCUGAGUCUUUUUGAAAUGAAUUCCUCUGCACGUAUCAUCUAUGCCUCUGAAGCGUACGCUGGAUACUUCACUCCUUAUCAAUCCAGUUUUUGUUUAGAGAGUUCCCUAAAUAGUACCAAAGCCAGAGGGAAAGUCCUUGUUUGUCGACAUGCAGAGAGCUCAACUGAAUCAAAGGUAGCAAAGAGCAGUAUUGUCAAAGAAGCUGGUGGAAUUGGGAUGGUCCUUAUCGAUGAGGCAGAUCAAGACGUUGCCAUUCCUUUUGUAAUCCCCUCAGCUAUUGUUGGAAACGUGAUAGGGAACAAGAUUCUAUCGUUUACUAAGAAUACACGAAAACCAGUAGUAAAAAUAUCUAGUGCAAAGACAGUUUUAGGAUCGCAACCUGCACCUCGCAUUGCAGCAUUUUCUUCCAAAGGACCGAAUUCUUUAAACCCAGAAAUUCUCAAGCCUGAUGUUACAGCUCCUGGACUGAACAUUUUAGCUGCAUGGUCUCCGGCAGUUGGGAGAAUGCAUUUCAAUGUUCUUUCGGGAACUUCCAUGGCCUGCCCACAUGUAACUGGAAUUGUAGCCUUGAUCAAAGCUGUUAAUCCUUCGUGGUCUCCAUCGGCCAUCAAAUCUGCCAUCAUGACUACCGCUGUAGUUGUUAAUAAGAGACGUAAACCUAUUACGGUGGAUCCUAGAGGAAGAAGGGCAAAUGCAUUUGAUUAUGGAUCGGGUUUUGUCAACCCUACACGAGUCCUCAGUCCUGGCCUUGUCUAUGAUGCACAGCCAACAGAUUAUAAAUCUUUUCUCUGCGCAAUUGGUUACGAUCAGAAAUCGCUGAAUAUGGUAACGAGAGACAACAGCACAUGUAAUCAGACAUUUACAACAGCUUCCAGCCUCAAUUAUCCUUCCAUUACUGUACCGAAUCUCAAAGAUGAUCUUUCCGUCACCCGGACAGUGACGAACGUUGGCAAACCAAAAAGCAGUUAUAGAGUAGUUGUGUCUAAUCCUGUUGGUAUUAAUGUCACCGUCGUGCCGGAGCACCUUGUCUUUAACCGCAUUGGCCAGAAGAUGACUUUCACUGUGAAAUUCAAGGUGACAGCUCCACCAAUGGGCUAUGCAUUUGGGAGUCUGUCAUGGAGGAAUAGGGAAACAUGGGUCACCAGCCCUCUUGUUGUCCAGGUGACAUCUUGAUUUGUGUAUAGAUUAAAGAUCCUCACAACCUUACAGAAGUGGAAAAAUUCAACACAAGCAUGCCAUUACGUGACUGUGAAGAUUAGUUGUUAAAUAGCUUGUGAUUAUGGCAAUUUUGGUGCAUUUAAUUAAUUUUUUCAUUCUUCUAA